GUUGCUAGGUAGCAAGCCCAACGCCGCGCCGGGAGGGAGCGGGCGCAGCAAGGUGGAAAGGCUUCGAGCCGGCCCCCGGAAUUGGAUGGCUCCCCGCCGUUGCCUAGGGCGGCCGUUUUCUUCGGGGCGCCCGCGCGCCUGGUUGUCCGUGGUGGCCCGGCGGCCCGCCAUCGGGGUGGCGGUGAAACUUUGGCGAGCGUCCCGGCGCCCUGUCCCUGCCCGGGCUUCAGGCGCAGGCUUUCGCCGUGCUCGGUGUGUGAUUUACAGAACCUGGCCACGGUGCGCGAAACCCGCGCAAGCCGGAAGGCAAGGCGGCGGGCCGCGGCGCGGGUGCCGGCAAAUUAAAAGCAAGCAAACGAGUGCCGGGCGGCCCCUUCCCAAACAUGCACGCGCGCCCGCGCGGGCGCCCUCCAGCUUUGUUUUUUCUCAGGGCCUACCUGGAGACAGCGGCGCGCGAGUAGCGAGAAGCCCUGGGGCCAUGCUGCGAGCGUGGGCCCCCCCCAUCCACGUGCGUCGCCGUUGCUUGGCCGUAGGGGUAGGCGGGUGUGUGGCGCGCGCCCGCCUUUCAUCCUUGCGCCGCGCGGGCGGCGGCCGGGCGGGUUCGCUUCCUUACGGACUUGGCGCCUGCGCCGCGGCGUCGUUUGCCUUGGCCGCCGGCCCUGGUUGUGUGUUCGCCUUGGUGGCGCCCCGCCUCGUUGCAACCCUUGCCGCGCCGCGGGCGUGCGAGCGGGCGCAUUCAGUUGCUCGCCCUGCAUGCGGCCGCGUAUCGAAGAUAGAAGGGG